UGGUGAAUAAAGUAGCGCGCUUGAAUGCAAACAUGUAUUUAAUUUAACCUCUCUUUCUCUCGUGAUAAACAUAAUAUGUGUAUUGGCUAAUAAACGCAAGUAAGUUAGAAUAUAAGAUCGUAAGAAAAUAGUUACAUGCCUCGUGCUAUAUAACGCCUAUACAAUGGUAUUUUGGACACAAGUAGUUUUAGCUUCAGUGAAAAAGCAACCGAGAAAAUAUCUACGUUCCAGAUUCAUUGACACGCUGCGUCUUCAUAUUAGGGCAGGUACAGGAGGUAGUGGAUUGUCUCGUUAUGGAGGGAUAGGAGGUGCAGGGGGUAAUAUAUACUUAGUUGCAAAAGACGGGCUAACGUUGGAGAAAGUUGUCAAGACUUUGAAGACCAAACGGAUCGUCGCAGAUUGUGGAAGUGACAGUUCAGCAAGGGGAAUUAUAGGUGCACCUGGUCAAGAUAAAAUUAUUUCAGUUCCACGUGGUAUUUUAGUAUAUAACCAGAAUGAAGUAUUGUUAGGAGAUUUAAACGAAGAGAAUUCAAAAAUAUUAGUAGCCAGAGGUGGUUCAGGAGGUACGAAAGACACAGGUUACUGUGGAUUAAAAGGAGAAUCUCAGGUGAUAAAGUUAGAUUUGAAGCUGAUUGCCGAUAUUGGAUUAGUUGGCUUUCCCAAUGCUGGUAAAAGCACAUUCUUGGCAGCAGUUUCAAAUGCCAAGCCUAAAAUCGCUGAUUAUCCUUUCACUACUAUAAGACCCAGAUUAGGAAUCAUCAACUAUGACGAUUUGAGAGAAAUUACCGUUGCAGAUUUACCAGGUCUAAUCGAGGGAGCACACAUGAAUAUUGGGAUGGGUCACAAGUUUUUAAAACAUAUUGAAAGAACAAAGCUACUUAUGUUCAUCGUAGAUAUACAAGGAUUUCAAUUGUCACCCAUGCAUGGACAUAGAUCCUGCUUGGAAACUGUAGUCUUAUUAAACAAAGAGAUUGAACUCUAUAAACCGGACUUAUUAAAAAUGCCAGCAGUGCUUAUAAUUAAUAAAAUGGACACUGACAAUGCUGAUAAUAUUCUCAAAGAAAUUAAACCAGUAUUGCGCAACUUAUCAAAAUAUAUGUCUACAUAUCCGGAAGAAAUGCAACCUGAACAGGUGAUACAUUUUGAUGAUAUUUUACCGAUAUCCUUAAUCUCGAAAAAUAAAAAUAUGAUACAAAUAGUCAAAGACACGCUACGAAAUAUAUUAGAUAAAUAUGAAGAGAAAAAACAUGCUCUUGAACAUGGUAACUUGGACUCCCGGCUAAUGAAGAGGAUAAACCGACAAUUUGAAGAACACACACCGACCGUUGUAUAAAUUUAUAACAAAGGAAAAUAAAUAUUUUUA